AUGUCUCAGGCACUCCGAGAUGUGUUCACCAAAUUCUGGGGUCAUCAUUUCUAUAGGUUUUACCCUAUUCGCAAUGACCUGAUGAUUAAUAGCUGGAAUCGGUAUAUGCUAAUGGCCUGGCUAGCUAAUAUUGAUAUUGCUCCAUGCACUGGCACUGAGGCUCUAUUGGAAUACAUUGCAAAAUAUGUGGCAAAAGCAGAGACGAAGACCGAAUCAUACAAGGAUCUUAUGAAGGGAUUUUUACUACAAGUUAAUGAGAAGAAUCUGUUCCUGUCUGCUGUCAAUGAUGAGGAAUCACUCCGCCGGGGUCUUUCUUCCCUAGAGAAAUACAAAAAUCAUCAAGCCAUCUUUGAGCACGUCACAUACUUGCAAUUCCUAUAA